AUGAACAUUGUUUCCAGAGUGCGCUUCCGUUUGAGAUUUCAAAUGGAGAUCUUCCGUUUUUGUGACACACAUGUAGAAGCUCAUUCCUGCUGUACACGAAGAAGAAAUGGGGUGCUUCGGCGUGUGCGGAGCGCAUUCUACUGCUAUGGAAACAAGAUCAUGCAUAUGCGAGAACCGGUUUCCAGUUUCUGUGAUCAGUAUAUGCGAGCCCGCGCGAAAUGGCACAAGAGUCAAUUCUUCAUGACAAAUUUAGGGAAAAGUUGUAGAAAAAUUGUUUUUUUCGCACAGAAUAACAAGGAGCUUGUGCUCCCUCAACUGGCCAGUGGCAACAGGCCAAGGGUUCUCUUCGACACCACAUGUCGUCGCGUAGUUGGCCACAAAUACUCUUCAAUUUGUGUUUCGGAUUUGAUCCCAGAGUUUUUGCGGCCUGCGCGAGGUGGUAUCAUCCACGCCCGCGAGUCUGACCUCACGCCGUUCCUUUGUUCGGCCCCUGUUCGACCGAAUUUCUUCUCCACCUUUCAGUCUGAACCGACUGCCGUCUCGAACUGCGCACUCCCAGCUACACAGCCUAGGAACAACCUGGCGCAGGUGCAAGACAUUUUAGUUGCACUAAAAUUCCUUAUCGUUCUAUUUCCACGCCGACAGCGGCCAGCGUACAGGGCGCACCAGUGA